AUGAGCUCGAAAACCAAGAAGGAAACCGUGGCCGAUAAUGGUGGUGACACUGGCGAAGACUCUGUCCUAGCCACUAUGGUUAGCAAUGGCGAGGGCCUUGGGCCUAUGGUCCGUCUCGCCUUCGAAACGGGCCGACCCGAAUCCCUCCUCUACCAGCUCGAAGGCCUCGUCAAGAAAAAUGAAGUUGAGAUCGAGGAGCUCUGCAAGCUUCACUACGAGGAAUUCAUAAUCGCAGUCGACGAGCUACGUGGCAUGCUGGUCGAUGCCGAAGAGCUCAAGUCCGAGUUGUCUAGCGAUAAUUUCCGUUUACAGCAAGUUGGGUCCUCUCUACUCUCCAAACUCGAGGAGCUUCUCGAAUCCUACUCGAUCAAGAACAACAUAACCGAGGCCAUUAAGAUGUCGAAAAACUGCGUUCAGAUCCUCGAUUUGUGCGUGAAGUGUAAUGGGCAUGUCUCGGAAGGCCGGUUUUACCCGGCCCUCAAAGCCGUCGACCUAAUCGAGAAAAAUUACCUUCAGAAUAAUAUUCCUGUCCGGGCUUUAAAGAUUCUUAUCGAAAAACAGAUACCAGUUUUAAAAUCCCACAUCAAGAAAAAGGUUUGCAGUGAGGUGAACGAGUGGUUAGUUCACAUAAGGAGCGACGCUAAGGAUAUCGACCAAACUGCAAUUGGUUAUGCCUCGGCUGCUCGCCAGCGAGAGGAAGACAUGCUGGCCCGUCAAAGGAAAGCCGAAGAGCAGAGCUGUUUGGGCCUCGAGGAUUUGAGCUAUAUGCUCGAUGUUGAGGAAAUCGACGAGAGCUCGAUUUUGAAAUUCGAUCUCACUCCCCUUUACCGAGCUUACCACAUUCACGACUGCCUCGGGAUACCGGACGAGUUUCACGAUUAUUACUAUAAUAAACGGUUCUUGCAGCUGAAGUCCGAUUUGCAGAUCUCUUCCACACAGCCUUUUCUCGAGUCCCACCAGACGUUCUUGGCCCACAUGGCGGGGUAUUUCAUCGUCGAGGAUCCUGUCCUGAGGACAGCUGGCGGGCUACUGUCUCCGACCGAGCUCGAAACAAUGUGGGAGACAGCUGUUGCUAAAGUGACCGCCGUUUUGGAGGAGCAGUUCUCGAAAACGGACUCAGCGAGUCAUCUUCUUUUAGUGAAAGAUUACGUGAUGUUUUUCGGGUCGACUCUCAGACAGUACGGUUAUGGUGGCACCAAUUCUCGAAACCUUAAACAGCGGCCGGGACAAAUACCACGAGCUCCUCUUGUCCGAUUGUCGGCAGCAGAUAACCGAUAUUCUUGCUAA